UUUUAGCUUUCACUAUUAUACUCCUUUUCCUCAUGGUAUUGUUCCAUUCCACUUUCACGUCCAACUGGCCCUUCCCAGAAUUCUUUCACCCCCUUCCCUUUUACCACCUUGUCAAAUGCUUCGUGGGCUCCACAACUCAAAUCCAACUUGAUUUUCAUGGGGUGAUCAUGGUUGUGAUUGUUGUAUUAUAUGCAAAUCUUUUUCCCUCCACCCUCCACAUCAUUGAUCCUCUCCACUGCUUCAUCACCUUCAUACUGUCUUCCGGGUUUGAUAAGCUAUGGUUGAAUCAGAGUUAUUGAGGAGAGGCAAUAUGUUACGAGCCAAAAUGAUGGGAAACUUCCACGGUCAUAGGAUUCAUCUUAAUCUGAUUACUUCCUGGCUCAUCAUUCUCGUGUUCUUGAGCUAUUCAUCCAAUGCACCUGAUGUCGAAGGUGAAGCUUUGGUCGAUUUCCUGAGGGUCCUUAAUGAUUCCAAUCAUCUUAUUAACGAUUGGAACGAUAACUUUGUGAGCCCGUGCUUUAGUUGGUCCCAUGUCACCUGCAGAGAUGGGAUUAAUGUUGUAGCCCUGGCCCUGGAAUCGAAAGGAUUUUCAGGAACGCUUUCUCCUGCAAUCACCAAAUUAAAGUACCUAGUCAGCUUGGAAUUGCAGAACAAUGAUCUAACAGGUGAACUACCUGAUUUUCUCGGAACUAUGGAGCAGUUAGAAGUUCUGAAUCUCGCGAAUAAUAAGUUCAGUGGCACUAUACCAUCUUCGUGGGGUCGACUGUCCAAUUUAAGGCAUCUUAUACUGAGUGGAAAUCACCUAUCUGGGUCCAUUCCCGACACAAUAGCGAACAUUACAGUACUGAAAGAAUUGGACCUUUCAUCCAAUGACUUGACGGGAAGAGUUCCAAGCGCACUCUUUUCAUUGGCAAUUUUCAAUUUCACAGGAACUCAUGUUCUAUGUGGCUCAAACUUGACUCAACCUUGUGUAUCGAAAUCACCAGUUCCAGCAGUGUCAUCAAAGAAGCUGAAACUUGGGGUCAUAACUGGUGUAAGUUGCGGUGUUUUCGUUCUGUUGACUGGGGCUCUCUUAGGGUACCGAUUCCUCCAGUUUCACAAACAGAAUUGCGAUGUGUUCGUUGACGUUGCAGGCGAUGAUGUUGGGAAAAUCUCUUUUUCCCAAGUGAGAAGAUUCUCAUGGCGGGAAAUACAACUUGCUACCGACAAUUUCAGUGAGAGCAACAUAAUUGGGCAGGGUGGCUUUGGCAAGGUUUACAGGGGUGUCCUUUCAGACAACACAAUGAUCGCUGUCAAACGACUAACUGACUACUACAGUCCUGGGGGGGAAGCCGCCUUCUGUAGGGAAGUAGAACUCAUUAGCGUUGCUGUUCACAAGAACCUCCUUCGACUGAUUGGAUUCUGUACAACCUUUUCGGAGCGAAUGCUGAUAUACCCGUAUAUGAAGAACCUUAGUGUCGCAUACCACUUGAGAGAUCUGAAACCUGGGGAGAAGGGCUUGGAUUGGCCAACAAGGAAACGCAUAGCAUUCUGUGCAGCUUGCGGAUUGGAGUACCUGCACGAGCAUUGUAACCCCAAGAUUAUACAUCGGGAUCUAAAGGCCGCUAACAUCCUCCUGGAUGAUAAUUUCGAGCCUGUCGUUGGCGACUUCGGGCUAGCAAAGAUCGUCGAUGCAAAGCUCACUCAUGUCACCACGCAAGUAAGAGGCACCAUGGGCCACAUUGCGCCAGAGUAUCUGUCUACAGGUAAAUCAUCAGAAAAGACCGAUGUCUUUGGCUAUGGCAUAACACUUCUCGAACUUGUGACUGGUCAGCGGGCUAUCGACUUCUCCCGGCUCGAGGAGGAGGAGGAUGUUCUGUUGCUUGACCAUAUCAAGAAGCUGUUGAGAGAAGACAGGCUCAAAGAUAUAGUGGACCAGAACCUGGCGGUGUACGACCUCAAAGAAGUUGAGACCAUCGUGCAGGUUGCAUUUCUCUGCACCCAGAGCUCGCCUGAUGAACGGCCAAGUAUGACGGAUGUGGUCAACAUGCUGCAAGGAGUCGGUUUGUCAGAGAGAUGGGCGCAGUGGGAGCAGCAUGAGGAAGAAAGGAAUAAGCAGUACUCAUACAUGUCUCACCAUUUUGCCUGGGUCGAAGAGACCACGCAGCUCGAAGCAAUACAGCUAUCCAAGGCCAGAUAACAGGGCUCUAGUAAUACGACUCGCCUGGAAUUUUGGAGACAGACUGUUUGAAUCAGGAACAGCUUUGGAUUGCGAUGUUCGAUAUCGCCUAAUAUACUAGGUAGUGAAAAAAAAAAAAAGAAUGAGAUGUUCACCAAAGGAAAAAAAAAAAAAGAACGAGAAGAAGAAACAGACUAACCGAGUCUUGCGUAGGCAUCAUCAUAUUAUGUUUCAGUGACAUGAAAUAUGUACAUAUACUGGGUGUUUUUGUGGCAUAUCUCUCAUUUUGCUGCUUCUGUUUUCCAUCUCGUGUAAUGAAAAGGCAGUUUCUCAA